AUGGGCAAAAAGAAGAAACUUCUCAUUACUUUCGAUGAAGAAAAGCGGAAAGAUUAUCUAACAGGCUUCCGCAAACGAAAACAGGAGCGCCGGGAGAAGGCUCGCGUGGAAAAUGAAUCAAAAUUAAAGGAAGAAAUUCGAAACGUUAAGCAGGCUUAUCGUGAUAAAUUCAUGGAAAAACUAAGCGAGGUAAAAUUACCGAAUUUUCUUGCUGAUGAUUUUAACGUUGUAUCCAAAUGUACAACAACGGAUACCGGUGAUCACACUGUCAGUGUUGAGGAAAUUGAUAUUGCUCAGUCACAGUACUUUAUGGGUCCAAAGAAUGACACUUCCGAAACUUCUGCCAAACCAGUCAUCAAUAAUGCCGUCCCACUUAAGAAAGCACUAAAAAUGGAACCAAAAGUCGCCAAGUGGAAGAAGAAAAGGAUAAACAAGAAAGUUGCACAUUAUGGAUCUAAUCAGCGUCGAAAGAAUCUACGAAAUGCUCAGAAACAGAAGCGCAAGAAGUGA